AUGAUUCGAUAUGGGCGCCAGUUUUGUGCACGGAAAGUGCUCGGUUUCCGUUACAAGUCAGAUUUCUCUCACGUAGUGAUUGGUGGAGGAAUUGUGGGUGCUGCUAUAGGAGCCGAGUUGCAACUAGUGGAAAUGAACAACGUGCUCUUAUUAGAGAGACAUGGUCAAUUGGGCAUGGAAACUACGGCCCGAAACUCAGAGGUGAUACAUGCGGGGAUAUACUACCCUAAAGACAGUUUAAAGGCCCAAUUGUGCAUAAAAGGUAAAAGUAAAAUCUAUGAUGCUUUUAAAAAAGGUACUUUUUCAUCCGUACAAGUGCCGUUUAAAAAGUGUGGAAAGUACGUGGUGGCUCAGGAUGAACAAGAAUACGAGUAUCUUCAACAGUUGCAUUCGAGAUGCCAGGAUUUGGAAGUUCCGCUGCGACUUGUUUCCGCUAAAGAUGUACGGGAUUCCUGUGCACUUAUUGAGGCAAAACACGGAGCAUUAGAAUCGCCAACCACAGGCAUCAUAUCGGUACACGAUUACACACUCUUCUUUCAAACACAGUUCGAAAAUGCCGGAGGAACUCUAGGGUUGAAUUCUGAGGUCGUACAUAUUGAUUAUAGCCAUGGGUCAUACACACUACAGAUCCGAGAGGCUGACUCCGAUGAUUUAUUUGAAAUCACCACCGAUAACCUAGUCAAUUCCGCUGGCUUACACGCACCCAAAGUAUCGAACAUGCUUUUGCCCAGCGAUAGACACUUGGGAACCUAUCUCGCAAAGGGUUCAUAUUUCAGCUAUCAACCUGAAAAUCACAUUUCAACCAAGAGCAUCACCAAUAAGCUCAUAUAUCCAUGUCCCAAUCCAAACGCAGCCUCUUUGGGAACGCAUUUGACUUUUGACCUAGGUGGACAACUUCGUUUUGGUCCUGACCUUGAGUGGCUCAAUUGUCAUGAAGCUGAUAGCAUUGACUACGCAGUUAGCACUGAGAACGUGGUGCCUGCGUAUGAAGCGAUAAAGAGGUAUUUUCCCAUGAUCGAACCAGGAGACUUGCAACCAGCAUACAGUGGUAUCCGCCCUAAAAACUUGUCACAGGAACAAAGUAGAGAGGCAUUUUCUGACUUCAUCAUUCGUGAAGAGGAGGGUUUCCCCGGCUUUGUCAAUCUUCUUGGUAUAGAAAGUCCAGGCGUCACGGCAUCUUGGGCAAUUGCGGAAUAUGUCAAAGGCAUCUAUCAUGCGUGA